AUGUGCUACACAAUACACUACGUCUCGCGCAACUGCGGCCAUCACUGGCUCGAGAUCUCGCAGCCCUGCUGGCCCGGCCAGGGUUUCAACAGCUGCGAUACCUUUGGCGAUGGCAUUGCGCGCAGCCCUAGCCCUCUGGCCAAGACGCAGACAGCCUGUCCGGCCUGCUCGGGCGCCGGAUGCUAUGACAAGCACCGGUUCCGCAUGAUCAUGCAUGUCAAGAACAAGUACAAGGUGGGCGAAGGGCCUUGUAAGCAUGAGCCUGGCUGCGAGUGUGUCAUACUGUAA